AUGUCAAAAGCUGUUGGUAUUGAUUUAGGUACAACCUACUCUUGUGUUGCUCACUUCGCUAACGAUAGAGUCGAAAUUAUCGCUAACGACCAAGGUAACAGAACCACUCCAUCUUUCGUUGCAUUCACUGACUCUGAAAGAUUAAUUGGUGAUGCUGCUAAGAAUCAAGCUGCUAUGAACCCUUCUAACACCGUUUUCGAUGCUAAGAGAUUGAUCGGUAGAAAGUUCAGCGACGCUGAAGUUACCGAAGAUGCUAAGCACUUCCCAUUCAAGAUCGUUGAAAGAUCUGGUAAGCCACACAUCGAAGUCGAAUACAAGGGUGAAAACAAGGUUUUCACUCCAGAAGAAAUUUCUUCUAUGGUCUUAAGUAAGAUGAAGGAAACCGCUGAAGGUUACUUAGGUGAAAAGGUUAACGACGCUGUUGUUACCGUUCCAGCUUACUUCAAUGACUCCCAAAGACAAGCUACCAAGGAUGCUGGUUUGAUUGCUGGUUUAAACGUUAUGAGAAUCAUUAACGAACCAACUGCCGCUGCUAUCGCUUACGGUUUAGACAAGAAGGACGCCGAAGAAAAGAACGUUUUAAUUUUCGAUUUAGGUGGUGGUACUUUCGAUGUCUCUUUAUUAUCUAUUGAAGAUGGUAUUUUCGAAGUCAAGUCUACCGCUGGUGACACUCACUUGGGUGGUGAAGAUUUCGAUCACAGAUUAGUUAACCACUUUGUUAACGAAUUCAAGAGAAAGAACAAGAAGGACUUAUCUACUAACCAAAGAGCUUUAAGAAGAUUGAGAACCGCUUGUGAAAGAGCUAAGAGAACCUUAUCUUCUUCCGCUCAAACUUCCAUUGAAAUCGAUUCCUUAUACGAAGGUGUUGACUUCUACACUUCUAUCACCAGAGCUAGAUUCGAAGAAUUAUGUCAAGAUUUAUUCAGAUCCACUAUCGACCCAGUCGAAAAGGUCUUAAGAGAUGCUAAGGUUGACAAGUCUUUAGUUCACGAAAUCGUCUUAGUCGGUGGUUCUACCAGAAUUCCAAAGGUCCAAAAAUUAGUCUCUGACUUCUUCAACGGUAAGGAACCAAACAGAUCUAUCAACCCAGAUGAAGCCGUUGCUUACGGUGCCGCUGUCCAAGCUGCUAUCUUAUCUGGUGACACUUCAUCUAAGACUCAAGAUUUAUUGUUAUUAGAUGUUGCUCCAUUAUCUAUGGGUAUUGAAACCGCUGGUGGUAUCAUGACCAAGUUGAUUCCAAGAAACUCUACUAUCCCAACCAAGAAGUCUGAAACUUUCUCCACUUACGCUGACAACCAACCAGGUGUCUUAAUUCAAGUCUUUGAAGGUGAAAGAGCUAAGACCCAAGAUAACAACUUAUUAGGUAAGUUCGAAUUAUCCGGUAUUCCUCCAGCACCAAGAGGUGUUCCACAAAUUGAAGUUACCUUCGAUGUUGAUGCUAAUGGUAUCUUAAACGUCUCCGCCUUAGAAAAGGGUACCGGUAAGACUCAAAAGAUUACUAUUACUAACGACAAGGGUAGAUUAUCUAAGGAAGAUAUCGAAAGAAUGGUUUCUGAUGCCGAAAAAUUCAAGGAUGAAGAUGAAAAGGAAGCUGGUAGAGUCCAAGCCAAGAACGCUUUAGAAUCUUACGCUUACUCCUUAAAGUCUACCUUAGGUGAAGAACAAUUCAAGGAAAAGUUAGAUGCUGCUGAAAUCGAAGAAGUCACCAAGGCUGCUGACGAAACCAUUGAAUGGUUAGACUCCAACACAACUGCCACUCAAGAAGAAUUCUCUGACAAACAAAAGGAAUUAGAAGGUAAGGCCAACCCAAUUAUGGCUAAGGCUUACCAAGCCGGUGCUGCUCCAGGUGGUGCUGAAGGUGCCGCUCCAGGUGGUUUCCCAGGUGCUCCAGGCGGUGCUGCUCCAGAUGCUUCUGCUGACGGUCCAACUGUUGAAGAAGUUGAUUAA